AUGGCAACAAGUUCAAGAAAAUGUGAGGUACAUGCCAAAUGCCCAGUUUGCAACAAAGAGCUCUGUGCUAAAAGCAGGAAUGGAACUACAAGCCUACACAGACACGGUUGUUUUAAAGAUUCGAAGAAAGAUGAAAAACAACAGUCAGUUUCUAAUGUCGAGUCUAGUGCUAAAGCAAACCCAAAAAACAAGGCUUCACCAAUCAUUGGAGCUGGUGCUCCUCCACAAGCAAAGAGGAGAAAGCUAGUAGCAAAUGUAGGAGAGGAAAGAGAGGAAGAAGAAACUUCUAGUGCUUCUACAAAUGCUAUUGUUAUGACUGAGGAGCAAUAUCCUAUUGUUUCAGGCAUCGGUCAAGCAGCAGUUUCUGGUCUAGCUCAUGACCAAGUACAAGAAUUAACAGUACAAGAUGAUUUUACUGCAAAAGAAACACCUGGAAGACGUCUCAAGGAUCAGGAGCAUCAUCUCGUAUCUGGCUGUAUUAUUGAGCUGCAACCAACUGAAACUCAAAGUUCUGGCCAACAAUCCAAUAAUAUGGCCAUUGAUGGUACUGGAGGUAUUCCUCAAGUUGAAUGCACUAAGAUGGAGCUUACUGCAGAAGAUGGGAAUCUGGCUACAAGCACAACUUCUUCUAUCGCAACUACUUCUGGUUUUGCAGUUAUUUCUGCUGCAUCUGAACUUAGGAGCUUUUUGUCUCAGUCACCCCAAGUAUUGCUUUCUCCUACUGAAAAUGAUAGGUUCUGCUUCCUUUUAAAUGCUGAAAUCAAUGCCGCCAGUAACGAAUGUAAGAAGCUCCGCAUGGGGGUGCUCUUGGCUAAAGUACAUAGGCUCAAGGGGGCAAUUGCUACUUGCUCCUUUAGUUCACGACCAGAAACACUGCCUCUGCAAGGAUACGAGAAUUUGGACUUAGCAGUCUCCCAAUCUGCUAUAUCAGGCUCUAACAUAAAAGCACGAAUUACCUCGCUGCAAGAUCAAGCUGCCCAAUGGAAGAGCAACUGAAGGCCACAUAUGAACAGAUAAAACAAAUCGAACUAGAGGUUUCUACAUUAGAAGAAAGUAAAGCUGUUAUAUAGACUCGUGAACUGCAAAUCAGUAAAGCCACUGCUGAUAGGCUUGAGAUUGACAAUAUAGUAGCUGGAAUGCCUGCAUUGUUUGAUUUUGUAAAACAAGUACCUCCAAAGCCCUGAUUUUACAUGUCAAUAACAAAUUCACAUGACACCAUUUUAGGUCAGCAACAAAUUUUCAUUUGAUCUUGAGUUAAGAUUACUACUGCUAGAUUAGCACAUUCUUGAUCGAUGGAAUAUUUGCUGAUAAGUUAAGUUAACAAUAUGAAAUUCUUGUUAUUUUAAAGUUC